GAUGAAACAACGAGAGCGGAGAGGUAUAGCGUUGCUGUGAUACGGCCCUAUAUAUUUGCUGACAGGACUAUCUUCCUUUUAAAGACAACCUCCUCCUUACAUUGGUUUUCACUUAGUGAUGUCGCGUAUUUGUGUGGUGAACCUGUAAAGAGCAAGACAGGCAGAAGCCAGCUUUUUUAAUUAUUUGAUUCAUUUUAUUUCUUCAGUUAUUUUGAUUUUAUUUAAUCCAUUGGCUGAAAGGGACUCAUUUCUGUAUUUUGGUUAAAUAAAUAUUUAAUUUAAUCAUUUUAUCUUGUUUAUGUGUUGAUUUCUGUUUCCAAGUUUGAACUAAGAGAAAGGCCGAAUUCAUCUUUUUAUAGCCUAUUUGCAAGUGUCUUCUUCAUUCUCUAUUUUUAAAGAGAUUGUUUGGCUAAGGACGUCCGUAACUUUCAUUUGUAGAAACGACGGCAACUCCAAACUAACAUGGCAGUCAGACUGUGCGACGUGGCUUCUCUGCUUAGAAGUGGUUCGUGGGCGACAGAGCCUUGGACUGGGCAGGUAAUUGCAGCCAUGGAAACACAGCUGUCCAAUGGGCCCACUUGCAACAACACGAGCAACGGUCCCUCAACAAUCUCAAACAACUGCUCAUCUCCGGUAGAGUCGGGGAGCAUGGAGGACAGUAAAACUAACUUGAUAGUAAACUACCUGCCUCAGAACAUGACCCAAGAAGAGCUCAAGAGUUUGUUUGGGAGCAUCGGGGAAAUUGAGUCCUGUAAAUUAGUUCGAGACAAAAUAACAGGGCAGAGCCUAGGUUAUGGAUUUGUGAAUUACGUGGACCCGAAAGAUGCAGAGAAAGCCAUUAACACAUUAAAUGGCCUGAGACUACAGACCAAAACCAUUAAGGUGUCCUACGCUCGUCCAAGCUCGGCCUCCAUUAGAGAUGCAAAUUUGUACGUCAGUGGCUUACCAAAAACCAUGACUCAGAAAGAACUAGAGCAGCUCUUCUCUCAGUACGGACGAAUCAUUACCUCACGCAUUCUGGUGGACCAAGUGACUGGUGUCUCCAGAGGGGUGGGUUUUAUCCGGUUUGACCGGCGAAUCGAAGCAGAAGAAGCCAUCAAGGGCCUGAAUGGCCAGAAGCCACCGGGCGCCACAGAGCCCAUCACCGUGAAGUUCGCCAACAACCCCAGCCAGAAGACGAGCCAGGCUCUGCUCUCCCAGCUGUACCAGUCGCCCAAUCGAAGGUACCCCGGACCCCUCGCACAGCAGGCACAGCGCUUCAGGUUGGACAAUCUGCUAAACAUGGCAUAUGGAGUCAAGAGCCGGUUCUCCCCCAUGGCCAUCGAUGGGGUAACCAGCCUGGCUGGCAUCAACAUCCCAGGGCACGCGGGCACCGGCUGGUGCAUCUUCGUCUAUAACCUGGCUCCGGAUGCAGACGAAAGCAUUCUGUGGCAGAUGUUUGGGCCGUUUGGCGCCGUCACAAACGUCAAGGUCAUCCGGGACUUCAACACAAACAAGUGCAAAGGGUUCGGAUUUGUCACCAUGACUAACUACGACGAGGCAGCCAUGGCCAUAGCCAGCUUGAACGGAUACCGUCUCGGGGACAGAGUUCUGCAAGUCUCUUUCAAAACCAACAAAACGCACAAAGCCUAAUCUCCAUCUCGGAUUGUUUAUAGAAAACUCUACAGAAAAUGGAAAAACCUAAAAUGGAAACCUACUGACCGUAAAACUUUCUACAUUAGUAAAAACAUCUUUGUAAAUCAGUGUUACGAAGGGAAACUAUACUUAGCGUCCAAGAGUGUUUCUCUUUCUUUUCCUUCAUUGCUAGGCUUUGAAACUUCUUAAAAUACUUUGCGGUAAAAACCAGAAAAAAAAUACUGCAGGUUUUCACGCCUGUCUUUAAAGCUGGACCUUUUAAAAUGUUACUAAAGGGUUUUUUUGUUUUUUGUUUUUGUUUUGUUGCACAUCUGCUGUAAAAAAACAGGAAGUUUUGUAAGGCUUUGUGUAGUGAUAUUUUUCUUUUUGUAUUUUUUGUCUUGAUUUGCCUUGGUGCUUUUUGCGUCUUAAGUGGUUAAUUAACGAAGUAUUUAUUUUAUUAUUCCGUUAAAAAAAAAAAAAUGUUAGUAUUAUGUUUAUUGUAAUAUGAGUUAGUUAGUUAUUGGUUGGCUGCAUAAUAUUGCUUAUUGUAAAGUUUAAUGGAGAAAAACACACAAAUAUCUUAAAGCAGUACCUUGCCAAAGAGCUAAGAACCUCUUUGAUGUGGGUUUAAAAAGCAUCUAUUUUUAUAAAAAGACAAAUUUGGAGAAACUUUUUACUGGACCUGGAAAAAAUAUUUUGACUUGGGAUACUUUGAGAAAUAUCUUCAUAUGACACCUUACCAGGAAGUUUGCAGUGGUUGACAUUUCUGGAGAGAUUUCUGAUGUAAAAAGAUACCUUUUUGAGAUCUUUAUAUUAUCUUUCGAUUCUAGAAUCAAUGGCAGUGAUGGUUUCAUUUGUAUAAUCGUCUGUGGGUUGUCCUAUCAUCCUGGCUAUUAUGACUAGCAACUCCCAUUCACUUAUGAUUUUGGAAAUUUAGACAGAAAAAAAUACGAAGGUUUAUUUGCAAAAGUGCAUGCAAAAUUAUACUGGAAAUAUCUUCAAGGUAAAGGGUUGGGGGAUUAAAAAAAAUCAGUUCUUCCUAAAGAAUUCCCUUCAGACAGAGCUCAUGGUGGUUUGUGGUGUACUUACUAUAUAAUUUACUCCAUUUUGUCUUUAUAUUAAACAAAGGUUUUACCUACUUUGUAUGAAAGGAGGGAGAGGACAAGCUGACGAAGGCAGCUGAUUUAAGUAAACUAGUUUGAAUGAACGAUGGAAGAUUACUCCUGGACUUUAGCGCAAUGUAAAUAAGUCCUUUUUUAUGUUGACUAUUUAGCUAGCAUAUUUGUUCUUUUUUGGGGGGGGGACUUUAUGGCAAAGUGCUUUUUUUAUUUGAUUAACUAAAGUGUGAUUUAUUGAUUUUUCAGGGGAGAUAUUGCCUUACUUUGAUUUCAGUUCGACUUUGAAAGUUCUCAUUCAGUUAAAUUACUUGAUUUGUUGUCCUAUGGACUAGCAUUACAGUGUCAGAUUUGUUGGUGAUUUGGUCUUUAGAUUGUCUUGCUUCUGCUAUUAAGAAAACUAUAGACAUUUAAGUUGGUUUGUUUUAUAUAUAUAUAUAUAUAUAUAUAUAUAUAAACAUUAUAGAUAUAUAUUUAUGUGGUAAAGAAUGGAUAUAAACCCGUUUUUUAGCUUUCUGAUUUACUUUCUUUCAUUCAUAUAUACGUAAUGCAUAAUAACCUGUCUUUAAAAAUCGUAAAAGGUGUGUGUAUAUAUUGCUCUAUUCACUUGAAGCGGUUCCGUGACCAUAUCAGAAAGGGUUGCAACAGAUUGCCGAACAACAUCUUGCUUCUCUCGAAACAGAGUCUGAUCAAGCCCUUAGAUGCACUGAGUACUGCACCUGCAUCCUGCUUUGUCUUGAGCUCAUUACUAGUCAUGUCUCCUUAUCGAGCAGUGUGCUGUGCAUUAUUUAUAUAUAUAUAUAUAUAUAUACAUUUAUAUAUUUACCAACUGCUUUUCUUAGACUUUUAUUUGGUUCUUUUUUUUUUUUUUUUUGGUUACUUGUACAAGUUCAAUUUUGAUUAUAGAUUAGCUGUGACAUUGCUGCUGUGGGGGAGGGGGGCCCCGCCCAUUUUGUUCAUGCCCGGCCUCUCACGGGUCUUGAUUGAGGAUAACGGACCCGAGGGGCUGUCUGACGAUCUAGGCAUGGCAAAAUGAGCCCCCCCCACUUUAUUUAAAUUCUAAAUGUGAGAAUUACUAUUUAUUUGAAGUUGUACAGUAUUACUUGGUUCCACAGCGUUUUUUUGGGGGGGAUAGAAUAUAUCUUGAGUAUUUAAGAGGAUGUAAAUGUUAUUUUCCUUGUUUGGAAUACUUUGUAAUUUUUUUUUUCAUGUUCAGUACAUCAAUAAAUACGUUGAAGGGAAAUGCA